AUUUCCGUUUCAGCAAGCUUCCUCUCUUGAUUCCGACUUUCCGGCACGAUGACUUCUCCUCCUCAGACUGAGCUUCGUCUGCCAAAAGAUUUUCUCUGGGGCUAUGCCACGGCGAGCUACCAGAUCGAGGGCGGUACCAAAGAAGGCGGCCGUGGUCCCAGCAUCUGGGAUGAGUUUUGCAGCAGACCGGGAAAAAUCGCCGACGGCUCGAAUGGCGAUGUUGCGUGCGACUCUUACCAUCGCUACAAAGAAGAUGUGGCUCUGCUCAAGCAGCUUGGAGCCAAAGCAUAUCGUUUCAGCAUUUCUUGGUCUCGAGUGAUUCCGCUCGGAGGUCGCAAUGAUCCUGUCAACGAGGAAGGCCUGAAAUACUACCAAGCUCUAGUGGAAGAAUUGGUUGCGAACAACAUCACUCCGAUGGUGACGCUCUUCCACUGGGAUCUUCCGCAAGCUCUGUACGAACGAUAUGGAGGUUUCCUGAACAAGGAGGAGUAUGUCCAGGACUUUGAGCACUACUCCAGACUCAUGUUCAAGACCCUGGGGUCUCAGGUCAAGUAUUGGAUCACCUACAACGAACCCUGGUGCACCUCCAUCCUGGGCUACUCGACCGGUUUCUUCGCUCCAGGCCAUACGUCGGAUCGGACCAAGUCUUCCAUCGGCGACAGCAGCACGGAACCCUGGAUCGUGGGGCAUCACAUCCUCAUCGCUCACGCCGCCGCAGUCAAGAUCUACCGGGAAGAGUUCCAAUCCAGCCAGCAGGGUGUCAUUGGCAUCACGUUGAAUGGCGACUGGGUGGAGCCCUGGGACCCUGCUGACUCGAAAGAUGUUGAAGCUUGCCAGAGAAAGCUGGAGUUCUCAAUCGGGUGGUUUGCAGACCCGAUCUACCACGGCGACUAUCCUGCAAGCAUGCGAAACCAGCUCGGCGCCCGCCUCCCCGCUUUCACCCCCGCCGAGCGGGACCUGAUCCAGGGGAGCAACGACAUCUACGGCAUGAACCACUACACGGCCGACUACGUGCGUUGCAAUGACCAGGAUGUCCCGGCCGCCGCGGAUGACUUUGGAGGUCACCUCAGCACUUCCAAAACCAACAAAGCCGGCGACAGCAUCGGGCCGGAAACUCAAAGUUUCUGGUUGCGGCCGCAUGCGGUUGGGUUUAGGAAACUGUUGGGGUGGAUUAGUGAGAGGUAUGGACGGCCGGUGAUAUAUGUGACGGAAAAUGGGACGAGUGUGAAAGGCGAGAAUGAUUUGAGCGUCGAGGAGAUUUUGGAGGACGAAUUCCGGGCGGAAUACUUUCGUGGGUACAUCACGGAGAUGGCCAAGGCUGUUGCGAUUGACGGGGUAGAUGUCAGGGGAUACAUGGCGUGGUCGCUCAUGGAUAAUUUCGAGUGGAGCGAAGGGUAUGAGACGAGGUUCGGCGUGACGUUUGUGGAUUAUGCCGGCGGCCAGAAACGCUUUCCGAAGAAGAGCGCUCGAGUCAUUGGGAAGUUGUUCUCUUCGCUCUGUCGAGACUCUCGAGAGUGA